AUGCAGAUAUGGCAUGAUAACAUGCCUUAUGGCAAGAUUGCUGAAAGAAAAGGUCAUCAAGGGUGGAUGAAGCAGGAAGGCUCAUACUUCCUUUUUCCUGGUGGCGGAACUAUGUUUCCUGAUGGUGCCGAACAAUAUAUUGAAAAGCUUACCAAGUAUGUUCCACUAAAAAGUGGUCUCCUGAGGACAGGUCUUGAUAUGGGUUGUGGGGUUGCUAGCUUUGGUGGGUUUCUGCUCAAAGAGAAUAUCACAGCACUUUCCUUCGCUCCAAGAGAUUCGCAUAAAUCGCAAAUACAAUUUGCGCUGGAGAGAGGAAUUCCUGCAUUUCUUUUAAUGUUGGGCACACGCCGUCUUCCAUUUCCAGCACAGUCCUUUGAUUUCGUCCAUUGCUCCCGAUGUUUAAUACCUUUUACUGCCUACAAUGGCAGUUAUUUGAUUGAAGUUGAUCGUCUACUUAGACCGGGAGGAUAUCUGAUUAUAUCCGGACCCCCUGUGCAGUGGAAGAAGCAGGAGAAGGAAUGGGGUGAACUUCAAGCAAUGGCAGAGUCUUUGUGUUACAAGUUGAUCACUGUAGACGGUAACACUGCCAUUUGGAAGAAACCUAAUCAGGCAUCAUGUCUUCCUAACCAAAAUGAAUUUGGCCUUGAUUUGUGUAGUACUGAUGAUGAUCCAGACGAAGCAUGGUACUUUAAGUUGAAGAAAUGCAUUAGUAAAGUUUCUCUGUCGAAAGAAAUAGCUGUCGGUUCCAUUGAUAAGUGGCCAAAUAGGCUGUCUAAACCUUCUGCUAGGGCCUCCUUCAUGGAUAAUGGUGUAAACUUAUUUGAAGCAGAUACACAGAAGUGGGUUAAAAGAGUAUCAUAUUACAAGAGAUCACUUGGUGUCAAGCUAGGUACUGCACUCAUACGUAAUGUCAUGGACAUGAAUGCGUUCUUUGGAGGAUUGGCAGCUGCUGUAGCGUCUGAUCCUGUGUGGGUAAUGAAUGUUGUUCCUGCUAAAAAACCGUUGACACUUGGAGUAAUAUAUGACAGGGGCCUGAUUGGAGUUUAUCAUGACUGGUGUGAGCCUUUCUCAACAUAUCCUCGUACCUAUGAUCUCAUUCAUGCUGAUGGAAUCAAUUCUUUGAUAAGCGACCCGAAGUCCGGAAAGACCAGAUGUGACCUGUUUGAUGUCAUUUUGGAGAUGGACCGCAUACUGCGCCCAGAAGGAACUGCUGUAAUACGGGACUCCCCAGAUGUGAUCAACAAGGCUGUACAGGUAGCCCAGUCGAUUCGGUGGACUACUCAGGUACACGACAGUGAGCCUGAAUCAGGCAGUGCUGAGAAAAUACUUAUAGCAACGAAAACAUUUUGGAAGCUACCAUUGACAUCAGGAUAG